GUUUGAAUGAUUGUUGUAAAACUCCAACAAACGCUAUUAACUGCAAAAGCUGCGUUUGCGGAUGGUAGUGGGAAAACCAGUCAUGUAAAUUUUCCCCAAAAAAGACAGACCCUACGAAAGAGGGGAAAUUAGAGGGAGUAUAUUUCACCUUGUCUUUUUCUUCUGGUUAAUUCCUAAAUUUUUUUCCCAAAAAAGCACCGAUGCAUCUUUAAAUUUUUUUAGCACCCAUGCAUUUAGUUUGUUCUUUUUCAUGUAAAUUGUCUUUUAAUUUAAAAUUAAAAAAAACAUAUAUUUCUGUAUGGUAGUUUGAAAUUUCAGAAAGUAUUAUCGUGACAAACAUAUAUUCUCUAACUAGAAUUGACUAAUGAAUCACCAUGAUCGUAUUAAUAUUUUAUUAAACGUGAUUUUAAAUAAAUUUUUAAACAUGAAUUAGUCAUUUGAUCAACUUGACCAUCUUAGUUUCUAGAAGUAUUCUUCUACUUAGAGGAGUGAAUAAAGGAAAAUUAGAUAACCAAGAUAACAACCUAACACCAAACACAUAUAUUAAAAUAAAUUCCAAACCCAAUUUCACAAGUUGCGUUAAAACACACACACACACACGAAAAAACAAAACUUAUAUAAUGUUGCUUCCCAGUUAAUCCUUCUGAAAUCACUCAUCUUUCCACCAAAAAAAAAAAGAGAGAGCCAAAAAACAGCAGUAGCACAAUGGUGAACUGGGUCGAGGCACAAAAGCCAUUGCUAAACGGUCUUAUGAAAAUGGCCGGUGUCGUUCCCUACACUUUAGAGAUCGAACCAGGAACAAAGAUGAACUUUUGGGUUCCUAAAGAAAUCCUAAAGAAGAAAUCCCGUACCGGAAAACCAGCCAAACCGGAUAAACCAACCAAACCGGCGGUUUUAUUAAUCCACGGCUUCGCAGCUGAAGGAAUCGUAACGUGGCAGUUUCAAGUCGGUGCAUUAUCCAAGAAGUACUCGGUUUACAUACCGGACCUCCUCUUUUUCGGUGGUUCCUACUCUGAUAACUCUGACCGGUCUCCGGCGUUUCAAGCCAACUGUUUGGUCAAGGGGCUUCGUAUCCUCGGUGUGGAUAAAUUUGUUCCCGUAGGGUUUAGCUACGGUGGCAUGGUGGCUUUCAAGAUUGCCGAGGCUUACCCGGAGAUGGUUAGAGCAAUGGUUGUGUCCGGUUCGAUACUCGCGAUGACCGACUCCAUUAGUGAGUCGAGCUUGAACCGGUUAGGGUUUAGUUCUUCCAAGGAACUCUUGUUACCGACUUCGGUUAAGGAACUUAAGGCUCUCUUCACCAUUGCUGUGCAUAAGCCCUUGUGGUUUCCUAAACGAUUGUUUAAAGACUUCAUUGAGGUGAUGUUCAACAACAGGAAAGAAAGAGCUGAAUUAUUAGAGGCUGUUGAAGUCAGCAACAAGGACGUGACAAUCCCUCAUUUCCCAUGGAAAAUACAUUUAUUGUGGGGUGAAAGUGAUCAAAUCUUUGACUUCGAGUUAGCUAAAAACAUGAAAACAGAAUUAGGUGAGAACGCAACAAUAGAAAGCAUAAAGAAGGCAGGUCAUUUGGUGCAACUGGAAAGGCCUUGUGUUUACAAUAGGCGCCUCAAAAAGUUUCUUGCAUCCGUUCAUUUUGAAGAAAAACUCAUUCAAUAAACACAUCUUAGAAUGUUAUUAAGUUAUACUUAAUCUUGAUAUAUAUAUAUAUGAAAUAUUUAUCUCAAAAGUGAAUAAUCAUUUGGUUUGGUUUGUUUGAUUUUUUUUUCUGUUACGAUCAAUAUAUGUAAUAUCUGGUGGAGUUCAAGCCAGAUUUUGUAAAAGAUUAUUAUCAAAAUAAUUAAUUUUAAUAACUAAAACAUGCAUACAAUCAAUUUAGUCUUGUACUUGUUAUUGUACCUAUCAUUGUUAGAGCACCAUUAACCAGGGUUCUUAAGAGGGUUUUUAAAAAUAAUGAAGCAUUUAAUUAAAUCAAAACUAAAGAAAAUUGCAGUUAUCGAUCUUUAAUAUAGGAUUUCUGUGACCGAUUACAAAGGGGAUUUCUAAGCCACGUGUCAGCAAACUAAAUAAUGAGGCAUUUUUUUUCUCUCUCCUCUUCUCUUUCGUGCCCCGUCUUCUCCGUCUCCUCCUGUGUUCUCCACGGGACGACGAUGGCUUUUCGUUCUCUCCUUCACACCUACAAGGUUCAAACGAAAGCUAAAACCCCAUCUCACUUCGUUAAGCCUCCUCUCUACUCGAUAAAUCUCUCUCUGUCUCCUUCUCCGUGGAUCUCUCAUUCGAUCGGAUGAUCUCUCUCCUCCAUUGAGUUUCGGAACUUCUCUGUGGAGAUCGAUGGCCACAUCCACUCGAAAGUGAGUUUGAUUGUAUUUUUGAAUUGGUUGCAGCUUGAUUUAAUAAUGGUGUUCUUUCUUGCAGUAAACCACAUGUAAAUGUGGGAACAAUUGGGCAUGUAGAACAUGGGAAGACUACUUUAACUGCUGCAAUCACAAAGGUGAUUCCUUUUUUUACAUUGAUGAGAAUUUUUUAAUUGGGAGAACCUCUUUUGUUUUUUUUUUAAGUUGAGAUAUGGAUUCUACUUAUUGUUUAGGUUCUUACUGAAGAUGGAAAAGCUAAAGCUAUUGCCUUUGAUGAAAUUGAUAAAGCUCUCCAAGCCAAUGUUUUUGCUCUAGUCUGAUUCGGAUGGUCAAUCUAUGUUAAGAUUUGAUCUCGGCAUGAUCUUAAUCGCAACCGAUGAGUUCUCAGCGG